AUGGCCACGUCCACCCAGCCGUACCAACCACAAUCGGUUCUGGUAGGUGGGUACAGAUCGUCGUCUGUGCAGCUUGAAGUCGAGCUAGUGGAGCGGUUAAACGAAAUCGGGCGCUCAAAUCUACCUGAGAAAACCUUGUCACGUACGAGAGCGUGCCAGGCUGUACUGGACAGCAUCGUGCUGCAGGAUGAGCACUAUGGGCGACUCCUCUCAAGAAUUCGAGACGAAUUCAGCACGUACGUCGACAUGACAUGCAGACGGAGUCCCGCCAAGCCUAGUAACUCGAACGGGACAAAAUCAUGGUGUGCUUGUGGGCAAGACAUUUUCGGUAAGUGUUUCGAAGCUCCCCGUAUCUAA